ACUGUUAGAGGUAAUAUCUCUAAAAUGACACUCUUUACUGCAGUGGAUGACUGCUCCUACCUGAGCAGCAUCAGAGCUGUGAUUGUUGUGAUCAUGAUUGUCUGCUACAUCUCCACUGCUUUGGCCCUGGCUGGAUCAAUUUUGGGCUGUGUCACAACUUGCUGUGCCCCACCUGAUCCCCCCAUGAUGGUUAUUGCUCAGCCAACAAUGGCCCCCACUGGUGUGGUGGUCUCUCAUUCAUCCAUGCAGGUUAGCGGAGGGGCUCCAAUGGCUUACCCCCAAGGGGCUUACCCCCAAGGUGCUUACCCUCAGGGUGCUUACCCUCAGGAUACUUAUGCUGGACAGGCCAUGUUCACAGAACAAACAGCAAAGACUCAUGACAAGGCUCCCUUGGUUGUGUAAACUGACGUCACAGUUUUGAUAUUUCCUUUUUUCUAGAUUAUAGUUGUUGUAAGUUUCAGUGCAUAGUUGGCAUCUAACUCAGUGUGUAGUCAUAAACUAAAGAAUUAGAGCCUUUUUUUAUCUUUCCAAAAAGAAAAAUUGAUUCAAAAGUUUUUUUUUUUCAUAUCAAGAAUGAUUCCAGUUCGUUACAGGUUAGGUACCACAUGGCAGAUGGAUAUUUUCCUCUCCAUUGUUUAUGAUUUAGCAAAGAAGGCUUUGUUUAUUAAUGUAUGUGCUUUGUGACUGUACAACGGGUUUGCUUUUUGGUAAAAAAGCUGAACAACUUCCUGUAGCAAUAAAAGUUCUUAGCAUUCUUUUAGACAUUAGCCUGUCAGACAGAUUUCACUAUAUGUUAGUCAUAUUAUAAAGGUUAUAUAGGGGAGACCGAUUGAAAGCCUUUUCCAUGACGUAUACAAGAGUAAAAAAAUUUUUCAGGAUCAAGAGUUGCUUUUCAGAAGAGUGUUAUCUUUGUCUAGAAAGUUGCUAUUGUACUGAAUGCAGGUCAGAAGAGUGUACUCUUUGUUAAGAAAGUUGCUAUACUGUACUGGAUGCAGGUUAGAUAAGAAUUCUACAAGUCAAGAUGAGUGCAGUUGAAACUGUUGCCAGCAUUUUUUACCAUCAAGAGAGGGAAACAGCAAUCAUUUUAUUAAUGUUCUGAUAACUUAAUUGUGUUUAAUCUCGUUGAGAGUAGGCCUGUACGGUGUAGCAUUUGAUAGAUUUAAGUUACAUAGUCCAAAGGUAGUUUUUGUUUCGGUUUCUCGUGUAAGGUUUUAAAUUUUGCCUAUAUGCCAUGUAUUUUAGUAUAUUAUAUCAAAGUCAGCUUAUUGCGAUACUUGAUGCAUUGGUGAUAAAUGUUAAAUAAAU